AAACGAAAACCUAAACGUUUCUUAAAGAAUUUCAAGAAAACCCUGAAAAACCAAGAAAAUAAUGAAGUAUAGGAAUCUGAUACCAGAGAAAUUAUGGUUUAUAUUAUUGGGUUUAGUAGGCAUAAUUGCAGGGUCAAUUAUAAUCACAACAUUCAACAGCAGUUCUACAUACAAUUCAUCGUCAAAUGUAUGUACAAGAGUUGUUGAUUCAAAUCCAACAAUAAAUCAAUUAAAUGCGAUACUUCACUACGCGACAUCAAAAACCAGACCACAACAAUCAAAGCAGGAAAUCACAGUAUCGUUUGAUAUACUUAAACUUCUAUCUCCAUGUAAUUUCUUAGUAUUUGGUCUUGGUUUUGAUUCACAAAUGUGGGCAGCUUUUAAUCCAAGAGGUACCACGUUAUUUCUAGAAGAAGAUCCAGAAUGGGUACAGACUGUAUUAAAAGAUGCAUCUUUUUUGCAUGCUCAUACAGUCACAUAUCGUACAGAAUUACAUGAAGCCGAUGAUCUAAUCAAAUCUUAUAGGAAUGUGCCGAGUUGUUUACCAGGGAACGCUUACGUUAACGGCAAUACAGGGUGUAAAUUAGCACUUACUAAUUUACCAGAUGAAGUUUAUGAUAAAGAGUGGGAUUUAAUUAUGAUUGAUGCACCAAAAGGUUAUUUUCCGGAAGCACCCGGUCGAAUGGGAGCUAUUUGGACAGCUGCUGUUAUGGCUAGGAACCGGAAAGGACCAGGUGUGACUCAUGUGUUUUUACAUGAUGUGAAUCGGAAAGUUGAGAAAAUGUUCGCAAUGGAGUUUUUGUGUGAGAAGUAUUUGGUUAAGUCUGUUGGUAGACUUUGGCAUUUUGAAAUUCCUUCUAUGGCGAAUGUUAGCAGCUCGGUGAUUAGCCAGAAGAGCUUCUGCUAAAAUGAUCGAU